AAGUUGGUAACAUCGCUCACUCUUCCAGAAUUGAACUGUGUGACGGCCGAAUUGUUUUAGUGAAAUUUGUGUUAAUUUUUAACAAAAAUGUCCACAAUUGCCGCUCCGUUGUCUGUCGCAGGGACCAGAAGCUCUGGAGCCCCGGUCAGGACACAAAAUGUAAACGCCGCAGCUGCGAUAGCAAACAUAGUGAAGAGUUCGUUGGGUCCCGUGGGUCUUGACAAGAUGCUGGUGGACGAUAUUGGAGAUGUUACAGUCACAAAUGAUGGGGCUACUAUUCUUAAAAUGUUGGAGGUGGAGCACCCUGCAGCUAAAGUGUUGGUAGAACUGGCUCAGCUGCAAGACGAGGAAGUCGGAGACGGCACCACAUCUGUUGUUAUUAUUGCUGCCGAACUAUUAAAGAAUGCAGAUGAACUGGUCAAGAACAAAAUCCACCCUACAAGCAUCAUCUCAGGCUACAGACUAGCAUGCAAGGAGGCAGUGAAGUACAUCCAGGACAACCUCACGGUCACCUUGGAGUCACUGGGCCGCGCCUCCAUCAUCAAUGCAGCCAAGACCACUAUGUCCUCCAAGCUUAUUGGAGCUGACGCAGAUUUCUUCUCAGAAAUAAUAGUGGAUGCGGCAAUGGCCAUCAAGAUCACCGACCCCAAAGGCAACGCCGCGUACCCUAUAAAGGCCGUGAACAUACUGAAGGCGCACGGGCGCAGCGCCCGCGAGAGCGUGCUGAUCAAGGGCUACGCCCUUAACUGCACCGUCGCAUCGCAGGCCAUGCCCAAAAAGAUAGUCAAUGCCAAGAUCGCCUGCUUAGACUUUUCGCUGCAGAAGACGAAGAUGAAGAUGGGUGUCCAGGUGCUAGUAUCAGACCCUGAAAAACUUGAGGCCAUCCGAGCUCGCGAGCUCGACAUCACCAAGGAGCGCCUCCAGAAGAUCCUGGCCACGGGCGUGAACGUGAUCCUGUGCACGGGUGGCAUUGAUGACCUGUGCCUCAAGUACUUCGUGGAGGCCGGCGCCAUGGGCGUGCGCCGCUGCAAGAAGGCUGACCUCAAGCGGAUCGCCAAGGCCACGGGCGCUACCUUCCUCACUUCACUCACCAAUAUGGAUGGCGAGGAGGUAUUUGAGCCCAGCAUGAUCGGAGAAGCUGCCGAAGUGGUGCAGGAACAGAUCUGUGAUGAUCAGCUCAUUCUAAUCAAGGGUCCCUGUGCGCGCACGGCGGCGUCCAUCAUCCUGCGCGGGCCGACGGACGCGUACUGCGACGAGAUGGAGCGCUCGGCGCACGACGCGCUGUGCGCCGUGCGCCGCGUGCUGGAGUCCGGCCGCCUCGUGCCCGGCGGCGGCGCCGUCGAGGCCGCGCUCUCCAUUUACCUCGAGAACUUCGCCACCACGCUCAGUUCUCGCGAGCAGCUGGCGAUAGCGGCGUUCGCGCAGUCGCUGCUGGUGAUCCCCAAGACGCUGGCCGUCAACGCGGCGCGCGACGCCACCGACCUCGUGGCCAAGCUGCGCGCCUACCACAACUCCUCGCAGACCAAGGUGGAACACGCGAACCUGAAGUGGGUGGGUCUGGACCUGACGGAGGGCACGCUGCGCGACAACCUGGCGGCCGGCGUGCUGGAGCCCGCCAUCUCCAAGGUCAAGUCGCUGAAGUUCGCCACCGAGGCCGCCAUCACCAUCCUGCGCAUCGACGACAUGAUCAAGCUCGACCCCGAGCAGUCCGCCGGCAAGUCCUACCAGGACGCCUGCAACGCCGGCGAACUCGACUAAACCACGCUAACGGUGCUCUCACUCUUGUCUCGGUUACUCUUCAUUACAAGGGAUUUUUUGCAUAAGUUGUGUUGUACUCUCGUCAUCAAAUAUAUGUACGAUAUAUUUUCUGCGUUCAUGUUCAUAUAUUUCUUGAUGGCGAAAGUACCUACUUCAAAUGGCCGAUGUUAUCAUCCGUUGGUAUAUCCAUUCAUAUAUGUUUUGUCCAUUCUGAGCCGUGAGAGUUUUAUGUUAGCCCAAAUUUUGCAUCGGGCCUCAUGGAACAAUUUCCUCUGGCGUGCAUUUAAGAUAUAUCGAUGUCGCUUUCUUAACAAUUAAUUGCAGUAUACUCCUACUUUGAUUCCUUUUCUAGGUUCAUCAGUAUCUCAACCAGAUACAGGAAAUUAGAACAGAAAAUCAAAAGUAUUUUUGUAAAAAUUACUCAGAUCAUUAUGUGACUAUUGAUUAAAUGAUUACAGAAUGUGCUUGAAUGAUUAAGAUGUCUGAAUGUGUUGGGCUUGUUGUGUUGAAACAUGUAAACUUCACAUGGUUUUCGAAUUUGAGAAUACAAGGUUUCAGAGUUUACGUUAAAAUAUCCUUGAUUCCUUUUCACUUCAUGUAUCAUGUUGGUACAUGUUUACUUUAGACUACCCAGGAUUUGAAGAAACUAAAACGCAUCAAAUUUAUAUAAAAUAAUAAUAAAGGACCAUUCAAGAACAUUUUAUUUCAGCGUCAUCUUAUUGUUGUAAUGGCAACGUCAGUUGUGUUAAAAAUGAAAUUAAAUAUUAUGAGACAGUAGGUUAAGCCCUAUUUGUCAUUGAGUCACAAUCACAACCACAUAUGUCCUGGUUGUGUAUCUCAUAGUAUUAACACAAGUUUUAUGUAUGUCAACCAGUUUAUGGUUGUAUUGCUUUCACUUAAUGCUAGAUAAUGUUGCUAGAAUUGUCUUAUGUACUACAUACCUAAAUAAUAAAAAUAAAUUUAAUACUAGUUAUUUAUAA